UCUGUGUUGACAUCGUGAAAAGUUGCCGUUUUGUUUACCAAAAAAGAUCUUUUUGUGAAAAACUCAGCGAUUUCGUUAAAAUUUUGGUUUGUUCUCUUCCCAAUCUCCAGAAAAAGGCGAAAAUCCAGCAUUCAGAGACCCAACUCUCCGCUUCAAAUCAAAGAGAAUGCAGCUCGGUAUUGUAGCGGAUACAAAGGUGCUGUGCCGGGUUUGCAUGGUACCCGUCGUGGAACAUCCGGCGAACCUGUACGACGACGCAUCCCCGUUCGGACUGCCAAGUUUGCACAACAUGCUGCGGACGAUUUGUGCUCCGGUAUUUGCGAAACCCGAAGCAGAAGCCAUCGUGCCGAACAUGCCGACCAUUGUUUGUCUGGUGUGUCGGAACGCAAUCGUGGCGGCGUACAAUCUGCACCAGCAGUGCAUCGAGACCGAUCGACGGCUGGGUGAGUUGGUAGCUUUGAUGUGGGAACUCCAAGGUCCCGGUAGCGAUGAGAUUGGUGAGGUUUCCGAAGAUCCUCCCAAGAGCAGUAUCAAGGAGGUACCAAUUUCGGAGGAAACAUUGGUUGGGGGCGUCGAGAACGAAGAACAGCAUCCAAAGCAAAGUGGUUUACAGUUUACAGGAAAGACUGAAGAUAACACUUGUACGGACUGUGGGAAGACAUUUUCAACCCGUUACACCUUGGUCAGACAUAAACGAGAAGGCUGGUGUAUUCUGACGACCGACCCCAAGGUGCGCACUUGUGAUAUCUGCAACAAAGUUUUAAAGACGGUUCAGUUGCUUAAAAGACAUCGUGAUAUGCAUGAUGACAUCGACAGGAAAAAGCAAGCCAAAUCAGAUGAAGCAGCAUCGGCACAUCCGGAACCUCCAGCUACAACUCAACAACACGCAUCGGCAGGAGAGGAGAUCCCGUUGCUGAAUACCGAGCUAGUGGAUGUGAUAAAGGUCGAAGCACUAGACCUGAUGGAUGAAACCCAAAGCAAUAACGAAGAAGAGGUCAACGAAGAGCGUGAUUUGCAAUGCACCAACUGCGGCAUAUCGUUCUCGUCGAACAGAGCGUACCGAGAUCACAAACAAGAAGGGAAUUGUGAGCGACAAGAAACGUUUCCGUGUUCAGUAUGCGGGAAAAUUUUUGACAAAGAAACAAGAAUGCAGUACCACCUUCGGAAUCAUAAAGAGCGAUUGGCUUGCUCAAUGUGUGAUCAAACGUUCAAGAACAGAGACUGUCUGCGGUUACAUCAAAAACGUUCUAGUUGUUCGGGAAUGAAGGAAAAAGCUUCGCAGAACAACAUUGGAAAGCAAAACGGCAAAUGGAGUACAACUUGCAUGGAUUGUGGCAAAGCAUUUUCAACCGGGUGGUCUUUGAAAAGACAUAAACAAAGUGGCAGGUGUGAUCCAUCGAUUGAUCCCACGCAGCGCACCUGCGAAAUCUGCAAUAAAUAUUUUAGGACGGCUCUAUUGAUGAAAAGACAUCGUCAAAUGCAUGAGAGCACCAACGGAGCGGAGUCUAACGAAUCGGCACUUCCGGGACUUCCAGCUUCAACUCAUGAACACGACGCGGCAGGUGGACUCUCAGAGAUGAUUCCGUUGAAUAUCGACCAAGUGGAUGUGAUAAAGGUCGAAGAAUUAGACCUGAUGGAUGACAACCUAAGUGACAACGAAGCAGAUCACUUGAAAUGCACCAAUUGCGACAUAUCGUUCUCCUCGAACAGAGCGUAUCGAGAUCACACGUCGCAAGGAAACUGUCAGAGCAAACAACUAUUUCCGUGCUACAUAUGUGGAAAAACUUUCGACAAACUUACAAGAAUGCAGUACCACACUCGUAAUCACAGGGCGCGCGUGGCUUGCCCAAUGUGUGAUCUAACGUUCAAGAACCGAGCAUGCCUGAAGUUACAUCACAAACGUAAGCGUUGUUCAGGUAACAAGACAAGCGUUCCGCAGAGUGAAGUAGAUCUAGGCAAAGGGCAAGAAGAACCGUUGGUUGUUGAACGCGACAUACAGUGCGCUAACUGCGGUGUGACAUUUACGUCAAACAGAGCACAUCACAAUCACAUCAAAGACGGGAACUGUCAGCUAAAGAUAACUUAUCCAUGCAAAAAGUGUGGAAAAGUCUUUGACAAACUUACCAGACUGCAAUACCAUCUGUACAGUCACAAGGAGCGCGUGGCUUGCUUGAAGUGUGGUCAAACGCUCGGCAACAGUGCUGCACUGUUGAAGCAUAUAAGAUAUACCCGAUGUUCAGAAAAUUACGAGAGGAAAACCCAGAUGCAGAAAGAAGGAAUCUACACGGAAGAAGAAACGAACGACUCGUUGGCCGUUGAAAAGCCAUCAUCGGAUGGCGAUUCUGGUGCGACCCAAACGGAAAAUCUCCAGCAAAAACCAAAUUAUCCGUGCAAAGUAUGUGGUAAGAUUUUCGACACAUUCCCAAAAAUGAUGUACCACAGGCGCAACCAUCAGGAGCGCGUAGUUUGCCCGCAGUGUGGUCAGUCGUUCAGAAACAGAGGCAUUCUGCAUGUGCAUAUAAAACUAAAACGAUGUUUAGGCAGAUUCGCGAGUGUUUCCCAGGAGCAAAUGAACACGGAGGUGACCAAAGAAUGUCCUGUUUGCCGUGUUGCAUUUUAUACUGACCGAAAGCUUGAAGCGCACAUCCAAAAAGGAAAUUGUCAACGCAAGCCAGUCUAUCCGUGCACGAUCUGUGAAAAGAAGUUUGACACGCUUACAAGAAUGCGGUACCACAGACGCAAUCAUAUACAGCGCGUCAAUUGUUCAAAGUGUGGUCAAACGUUCAGAAACAAGGCUUGUCUUCGGAUGCAUCUGAAACGUGAAGGUUCUUGCCUGGUGAGGCCUAAGGACCCCGCUACAGAAACGUAUACGGAGAUGACCGAAGGACUUGACAACCAGUGUACCGUUUGCGGUGCAACAUUCCUGUCUAGCCGAAAACUUGAUGCGCACACCCAAGAAGGCAACUGUCACCGCAGGCCAGUUUACCCGUGUACGAUCUGCGGAAAGAGCUUUGACAAGCUCUCGAGAAUGCGAUACCACAGGCGCAAUCAUAGGCAGCGCGUGAGUUGUUCGGAGUGUGGUCUAUUGUUCAGAAACAAGGCAUCUCUGCGGAUGCAUAUCAAGCGUGGUUCUUGCCCUAAUAUGCUUGAAAACUCACCGUUGAGCGGCGAUGCGUUGGACACGAUCAAAGUAGAAGAGCCUGAAAUUAUGAAGUAGCUAGAGCAACGAGUUUGGGAGGCGGAGAAGAAGGAGAAGUUUCAGCAAAACCCAGAAGAUGCACAUUUAAUUUACUAUGGCGAACUGGAUCAAAUUAAAGUUUCAAGAUACGAGUUGAGAAUGUUGGCGAUUCGAAGAAGAAAAAAACCGACAUAAAAAUGAACUGAAAUAAAUGAAAUCUGUUUAUCUCUA